AUGGUUUACCGUGGAUUUGGCCUCGAGCAAGUGUCACCCCCGAGUGACAAGCCUUUCAAUGAGAUGACGCCCGAAGAACAAGGCGACAAGGGUGCUCAGAUGAUGGUGAACUUCAUGACGUCCUGUCCCGGGAAAGCUGCUAUAAGUGGUGUUACGGGUUUCGCUCUCGGUGGUGUUUUUGGUCUUUUCAUGGCAUCCAUGGCUUACGACACUCCUCUACAUACACCCACGGUACCGGGGUCAACACAGCUGCCCAGCAGCAUGCAGCAUAUUUCUGACUUGCCGUUCAAGCAGCAGGUCAAACUUCAGUUUGCAGACAUGGGGAAAAGAGCAUAUUCUAGUGCGAAGAACUUUGGUUACAUUGGUAUGAUUUACUCUGGUGUUGAGUGUGCCAUAGAGUCUUUGAGGGCCAAAAACGACAUCUACAAUGGUGUGGGUGCUGGUUGCCUCACUGGUGGCGGGCUUGCAUAUAAAAGUGGUCCAACAGCUGCUUUGGUUGGUUGUGCAGGGUUUGCAGCCUUCUCUACUGCCAUUGACUUAUACAUGCGCCAAGAACACACCACACCUCCCAAAAAUGACUUUGACGAGUGA